AUGUCCGGAGCUGGCAAAUCAGUGAUUGCCGCAAUUGUCUUUGACUACUUGAACAACACCUUUUCUCAAUCAAACCCGAACAUGAGCGUGGCAGUCUUAUAUUGCGAUCAUCAACUUCAGGCAGACCAGACAUUGGAUGAGCUCGAGCGAAGUAUCUUUCAUCAAGCCUCGGUCGACUAUCUGACAUUUCCCGAGGAGCUGCGUCAGCUUCAUAGAGACACAAGAAGAGGAUUUCCGCCUUCACUUGAGAAGCUGCGCUCAGCUGUUAGAUUGACAUCUGCGAUGUCUCGUACACCCUUUGUAGUCCUGGAUGCUCUGGAUGAAGCGAACGAGAAGGUACAAGACCUGAUCGUUGACAGAAUCUCGAAUCUGCCCUUCCAGGACGUUCGUCUCUUCUGCACCUCUAGAAGCCUACCAAAGUUCAAGCAUAUGUUUGCAACGACGGACGAAAUCGAGAUUGCUGCGUUCGACGACAUCUCAAUCUUCGUGCGGAAACAAGUGAGUCUCCAGAGUCGGUUGCGCACAAUCAUUGGCACGGACUCUGGGCUCGAAAAGUCCAUAGUCGACAAGGUAACCAAAGAGGUCAAUGGAAGCUUUCUGAUGGCGAGCCGUUACAUGAGCAGCCUCUCGCAGGCCGGUUCAAAGGGAUAUCUGCUUCUAACCACAGAUUAUUUAUAUUUACCGGUCAACGAUGCUUACGAUCUUACGAUGAAGAGGGUUCGGGAACAGCUGGAGGCUGACAGAAAACGAGCCGAACAGACGCUUUCAUUGAUUUUUGGGUCGACUCGUUUCAACAACUCCACCCCACGGCUAGCAAUGAAAGAAGUUCAACACGCAUUAGCGACUCUUAGUUAUUCCGACUACGGCUACGAUGUGAAGUCGGACGAUCUACCGGACAUUGAUCUCAUCGUUCAGUGCUGUCAGGGUCUCCUAGUUUUGGACGGCGACUCGGUUCUUCGUCCAUCCCACGACACUAUCGAUCAGUACCUUCGCCGUGGUCAGGUGUUGGAGACAUACCUUCCUAACGCACUAGAAGUGCUCUCCGCUGCUUGUUGUUACUACCUCUCCCAGGAUAGUCUGCACCUUGCCAUUCUCGCAACCAUCUCGACUGCACCUCGUGGCAGGCAAGAGCGCAAAGGUGACUACUGGAAGCGCAUAGAUGACUACCAUGACUACCAGGAGCGCUCCGAAAAAGUGUUUGACGAAUUUCCUUUCUUGAAACAUGCCUCUGCUCAUUUUCACAUCUAUUUGUGGAAAGCGUAUGGAAAACGAUGCCCUGCCAUCCUAGCUGAAAAGUAUGGCGGGAUGACCGAUUCGUGGAAUCAAGUGGUAUUCCCGGAUUUUUGCGCCACCAAUGAUCUCGUUAAACGACAACCUGUUUUCCGAUUGUUACAUCAAUUUGAACAGCAGGCUGGGUCUGCGGACUCAUUUGACAACAUUGCAUGGCGCGAGCUUUGCCGAGCAGUGGAAACCGCCGACAAAAUAUCCAUUGACGUUCUUCUUCGAUUCGACGACCUGAGAGUGGUUUCGAACGUUCAAGACUUGACUCGAAUUCUGACAUUGGCAAUUGACUCUGGAUUUGAUGGCGUGGUACGACAUCUACUCGAGGGGGACUGGGAAGUGAUACCGCAGCUUCCUCGGGAGUCCAUGAGAAAGCUCCGAAUGAAGGCCUUGCGCCGUGCUAGAUCGGUAUUUGGGACAUCGUGGCCAGACGAGGACCCCCAUAUAAGGGCGCUUCAGUGGCUCAUUGCAACCGAGCAUGGCUCGAGUCCUAGAUCCGGGCGAAACCUAUGUGACCGUGUUCUUGAUUGCGCCAGCAAUAAGGCAUCGUACAAGAUCCUUGGUGUUCUCAUUCAGGCAGAUAUGGAUAUACAUGCUGCGGAUGCCGAUGGCAACCCUGUUUUGUGCAGACUUCUUCUCAAGGCAGCUGAAUACGGUUGCGAUCCUCUCCUGGAUUGUCUCGGUCAGGAAGUGGCCCAUGGUUCUGUGUUUAGAAGAUUCGGAGAAUGUCAAGGGGAAUUUUGCGAGGAGGACACGGAUCUCAUCGAACAGCUGCUGGGACGAAAGUAUGCCACGGAUGUGAACCAGACAUAUGAGUUGGGCAGGAAUGCAGUCUCAUACGCCACAAUGAGCUCUCACCCUUGCCAGAGCGUUGUUUGUAAGCUGAUCGAACAUCACGCCGAUGUCACAAAACGGGAUGUGGAUGGCAUGACACCAAUUCUCUACACAGCUGCCAAUGCAGAGUACCAUUCUAUGCUCUGGGAUAUGAUUUGGGCUUACGAAAACGCCAACGGCAUGGAUGAAUCCAACAGCUACACCACCCUUUGCUACUCCGCCGAAUUGACUCUAUCAUCCGACCCCGACGUCCCCGAACCAACACAGAAGGUGAUUUCUGCUCGCAUCGACUUUUGCAGCAUUGUCUUGAGACGCAUCACCAAAUACUGUUCGAUCAAAGAUCUCGACCGCAUUUUGUUAACUCUCUGGAGGUUUCUCGAAAAGGCUGAUUUGGAUCUCCAGAGCGCAAACAGGCGGACGCUACGGGCUGCUAUGGAGGACGCCGGAUUGGCUGAUAUCCACAUCAUGUCGAAGGUGUUGUACUAUUGCAGACAGUCUGUGGAUGAAAUAGAUCUGAGGCCCCCAGAGCAGUGGCGGGCUGUCAAUCAACAGCAGGUCGAGGCGCAAAUGGGCAUCGAUGAGGUUCGUGGCAAGACUAUCAAGAGGGUCCUCUCUGAAUGCUUGACCAGCAAAAUGAAGGAGCUUUGUGGCAAACGGGAGAGGCAAAUCGGCGAAGCAGCAAGACCAAGUAUACCAUGA